AUGGCAAAGGAAGAGGAGGUAUAUUAUGUAAGUUUCGUUCAGUGCUUCUUAUUCACUGUUUGCAAGCACGACGCCGGUGAAGUUCUUCUCUUGCCUUGCAGCUUUAUAGGUAAAGCAAUUACUCUCUCCCCGCCUCUUCUUGUUCAUUUUAUCAAGCUUUCUUUAUUUUCUUCUUUUUCGUUCAUUUUUAUAUUUUUUCUGCUCUCUUCCUCCCCCUCUCUCCUCUCUCUCUCUCUCCUCUCUCUCUCUCUCUCUAGUUCCCUUUUCAAUUGCUGUCUAUUUUCAGUCGCACUUUUUAAUUUCUCUUCUUUUCUACUUGUUCUCUCCCUAUCCUAUUUGUCUUUAGAACGUUCCCAAUCCCCUCCUUCUCCAAAUUAUCUUAUUCUACCAGUUCAUUCUAAUACCCCUAUCCCUUUCUUUUGUUCAUUCCCUUUCUCCUCUUUUUUUUCACUCUCUACCCCUUACUGUGUUCCGUCAGUUCAUCAUCCAUCUCUUUCUUCCUCUCGUUUUAUCUAUGUCACAAUCUCAUUCGUCUUCUCCAAAGUCACUUUUUCCUUUCUCUGUCUGUCUCUGUCUGUCUGUCUGUCUGUCUCUCUCUCUCUCUCUCUUUAA